AUUGUGAAACAGCGUACGAGACGCACGCGCCGACAUGGCUACUACCGGUUCUAGAGUCGCCCUUCACAUUCUAAAUGCGAUUAAUUUCGUAAUAUCGCUCGCGAUCGCCGCCGCAUCGCUAUGGUUCUUCUGUCAAGUUUACGAGUUCACUAGAUUGAGGAACAGCAACCAUUACUUACUGGACUACACCGUGUACUGGCCUCAGGCGAUCCCGUGGAUUUUCUUCUUUGUCGCCUUGUUCGUGAUCGGUGUUACGGCCUGCGGUUUCGCGGGAACCAGGAAGAAAAGUCGGGGUCUAUUGAAAGUGUAUAUUGUUAUGUUGUCGAUAGUGAUUCUGUGUCUGAUAGCGGCCGCUGUUAUCGCUCUUGUACUCGCUGACAACAAAUCGACGGAUGACUUCGUUAAAGACACAGUAUGGGAUGUGUAUUUCCAAGCGAAGAUAGAUAAUGAAGUCGCUGAAUCGUUUGGUGUUAUUGAAAGAAAACUUCAUUGCUGUGGAGCUGAUAGCCCGAGAGAUUACAAGAAUUGGAAGUCCGAGUUCCCAAUGUCGUGCUGUGAUGUGUACUACCACGGAUGGCUGGAGCCGUAUACAAUUGACUGCGAAUUCACAAAUAAAUUAGCUAAUGAAAGGCAUGGCUGCUCCACUGUAGCGGCUCAAUACGCGAGGAUAGCGAUCAAGGUCCUGUCAGCUGCGUCUAUUUUUACCGCCUUUAUUGGUAUAAUUAGUGUGAUGGUGGCUGUAAUGUUGUCACGAGCGUUGGAAAAGAGAAACCGUGCGCCAGUCCAGAAUGAGUCCGAGAGCAAGAAGGUUUUACUGUAGAUUAAAGUAAGUGUAGUAAAUGCAUUAAAUUAAAUGUUUGCAUAAAAAGGUACAAUCUAAUGUAUGUUGCAAAGUUCACCAAAGUCAUUUUUGUAACUGUGAAACAGUCAAAUUAUCUAAAGAAUUAUCUUGUAAAGAAUUCAUGUAACCAAAUGUGUUAUUAACCAAUUGUUCAUAUGUGUUACUUUGGAAAUUUCCAAGUAACUACUUAGUUGAAGUUUUUCUUUUCUUCUUUAAGAAAACAACUAACUUCAAGUGUUAAAAGAACCUACAAAUAGACAGAUUAAACGAUGAUAACAUCACAUGCUUACGUGAUACAAGUGUAAAUAUAGACACAUACCAUCAAAA